UGGUUGUCCGUGGUGUCGGAGGUGCUCUACAUCCUCUUGCUGGUGGUGGGCUUCAUUCUGAUGUGUCUGGAACUGUUCCACUCCAGCAACGUAAUAGACGGCCUCAAACUCAACGCCUUCGCUGCUGUCUUCACCGUGUUGUCAGGUCUGUUGGGUAUGGUGGCCCACAUGAUGUACACGCAGGUCUUCCAGAUCACGGUGAGCCUGGGCCCCGAGGACUGGAGGCCUCACAGCUGGGACUAUGGGUGGUCCUUCUGCAUGGCAUGGGGCUCCUUCACCUGUUGCAUGGCAGCGUCCGUGACCACCCUCAACUCCUACACCAAGACGGUUAUCGAGUUUCGCCACAAGCGCAAGCUGUUUGAACAGGGCCUGCGGGAGGAGCAGACCUACCUGGGCCAGGAGGCCUUCCACUACUUUCGUGACCGCUCCCUCCAGUCCAUCUCCAGCUCCGUGGAGGUCUACCCCAGCCAAGGAGGCACGGGCAUACACGGCAUGGGCAGCGGACCCGGAGGCGGUCUUAUGGUCGGGGGUCCCGGUCCAGGUUUGGGCCGCGGGAAGAUGAGAGGCCUGUCCGCCUCGGUAGACCUAGGGGAGAACACGGACUCCCUGGGGGAGGAGCAGUGCUGA